CUAUACGCACGUGGAUUUACAGCCUCAGGGAUUUCACUAAUUCUACAACUAUGGGUAAAGAUAAUGCUAAUAUCGUCAUAAUUCUGACAAAACACCUGAAAAAGCUGUCAAAGGCCGGCUUAGAAGACUUUGUUGUAGCCCUCUGUGACCUUAAGCCUCCUAGGGGAUACAACCAAAUCCAGAGGGAACAUCUGGAAGGGAAAACUCCAAAGCAGAUGGCCAAAUUCAUCAUGAGAAUCUACACCAACAGGUAUGGACCAGCUAAAGUCCGACAAGCUCUGAAGAACAGCCAUCAAAAUCAGAUCCGGACAGAACUGGAGAAAGAACUCAGAGAAGCUUCUCGGAUGAGUGGUGGCCCGGCCAACGUAACAGACCAGAGGGGGGAAGCUGGUGCAGAAGCGGAGAGCGCUGCAGGGUGUCCAUCGGGGAAAAGCCAACAACCGUGUGAGGUCAUCAAAUCGAAGAGAGGCAGAAAACCCAAAUCUGAGUCUAAAACCACAAAGUCUACCGUGAAAGCGGAGACCUCAGGUGGAGCUGUGAACCGUAAACGAGUGGAAGAGGAGCAAAGAGGGGACGAUGUAAAACCGAAGAGAAGACUAAGACAAAAAACUGAUGAGGAGCAUUUUGUGAAGCAAAAUCGAACCAACCUAAUAACGCUGAUCACAGACGUGGAGCCGGUUCUGGAUGAUCUGAUGCAGAAAGAGUUACUGACACAGGAGCAAUACGAUGUCAUUGUGAAAAAAGAGACCAGCCAGGCCAAAAUGCGAGAACUCUACAGAUACGUCAGUUCCUGGCUGGACUUGGAAGAAAAGGACAUGCUACUUGAGAUUUUGGAGAAGCAUAACCCCGUUGUCAUUAAGAAUCUCCUAGGCAAAUCAAAAGCAAAGAAGAAGUAGACGCCUGAACGCAGGAGACCCGUGAUUCGGCUUUCAGGUACCUCGCGGGCCUUUUACAUGAGCAGAUGAUCAGACCGGUGACUGGAGUGAACGCUCGUUCCUGAUAAUGGACACAGAAAAUCCUCGUUUGUCUGCUGCUGACAAACCAUGAACCUGUAUGGGAAGGAACGAUCGUAGUAACAGCAGCGAUCAUUGCUCCAGAUAACUGCAGCUAACGAGUGGCCAAUGGUCGGGAAUAAACUGUUUGCUCCUGAUCAUUGCCCCGUGUAUCUGCUCAUGUAGAUGGCUCCCAAGGCAGUAAUAUCACACAUUACUAUGGCCGCAGGCCCGCAGUGAAUGUCUGCAUUAGUGAUGAGCGGCAUAGGAAAUAUUUUUUUUUGCAAUAUUUCGCAAAUGUUUCG